UUGAAACUAGCUUUAGAUAACAAUUGUAUGAACUCUUUGGAGUGGAUUAUGACUCAUUAUGGAGACCGCAGAGUUCGCUUUUUUAACUCGAUGUUUCAAGAACCUUCUUUGAAACAGACAGCAGUUUUCUUUCUGCUACACAUAGCAGUUUUAAGAAAUGAUAGACAAGUGCCGCAUAUGAUUUUGUCUCAAGACGAUGCUGCAGACACCCAUGGCCAAUGGCAACAUGCAAAAAUUGUUCUGCAAACCUACUUUUCAAAGUCACAGAUGGAAUUUUUCACUAAAGAAAUGCUUGAUAGCCUUAGACAAAAUGCUAAGUCAAUUGACGAUAGAUUCAAAAGGUCACUGACAAGGUUUGCUAUCAAGAGACGUGCCUUCAAUCUUGUCAAAGACUUUUUGCACUAUUUCUUUAAUGAUAAAGAAGAGCAAAGUGCAGUGUGGAGCCAACUUUUGCUGGUAGAAGCAUAUUCUGGAUGGUUCUUAGAAAUCAAAAGUUUUCAAAAUUUGUCAUUAGCAGAAAAUAAGCUACAAUAUGUUCCAACAGUGUUGCUGAAGAUGCAGAGAUUAACAAGACUUGAUUUAUCAUUCAAUAAAAUCUGCGAAAUACCACAUGAGAUCUUCAACAUGCCUAGUCUAAGAUGGCUUGACCUGACAGACAACGAAAUCCGUGCUUUUCCUCCUGUUAGCAGUUGGAGCAAGUUUUUUAUAUACCUGAAUUUAUCCGGCAACAAACUAACAACAAUUGAUGAUUCAAUCGCAGAUUCCAAUUUGCAGGAAUUGAAUUUGGCAAGAAACCGCUUGGCCUAUGUCCCAGAUUGUAUUUGGAAUAUAGGCUCGUUAAAAAGUCUCUGGCUUAGUGGCAAUUCGUAUAUUGAAGCUCUUCCACCAGACCUUGCAAAGUUGAAAAAUCUGGGAUAUCUUGAAAUAAAAGACAUGGUAAAGCUGACAGACCCUCCAAAAAGCAAACGAGGCUCGACGAAAGAAAUCAUAAGCUACCUAAUGGGAAAGCUGAGAGACACGAAACCUUUCUAUACCAUGAAGCUGAUGAUCUUGGGGAAGAACGGAGUCGGAAAGACCACACUGAUGCACCGCCUGGACAAUGAUUAUACUUUUAAGCAAAACAAUGCGACUGAGAGCAUAAAUAUUCAAAGAAUCGAUAUAAACAAGUAUGCAUUUAACUGCUGGGAUGUGGCUGGUCAUAAUGACUGCUGUGCCAUCAGCAACUGCUUCCUCACUCAACGCACUUUGUAUCUUGCGGUAUGGAACGUAAAAGAAGAAAACAAAGGAAUCGAUAGUUUAAAGCCUUGGCUUGAUAAUUUGCAAUGUUGGGCACCUCAUUCCCAUGUGAUUAUUAUUGGUACACACUUGGAUAAAAUUGCUGGUCGUAGAAGAGAUCUUGGAUUUGACGAUACGAUGAACUCAAGAGUUUGGGACCUGGUGUCGAAGUACGAAAGGCUUAAAUGCGUUAUGGUGCUAAUGCUUACAAACAGUGUACUUGCAGAAGAUGUAAAAGAAUGCAAAGCAAGAAUAAAAAGACUGCAAACAUUGAUAUUCGAAAAUGCUUCAGAAGUAACUCUUGGUGAAAGCCAAUACGGCCCAAUUGCAAUGGAUGAGCUGAUACCAAAAAGCUAUUUAAGCGUGCCCAAGUUGGUUAAAGAAAAAGUAACUGAACUUGAAAGAGAAGCCAAGCUGCCUUUACUAAGUAAAGCGGAGUUCGAAAACAUGUUGAAAGAUAAUUCAAAGAAAUACCCGCAAGAUUACAGCGAUCCAGAUGAUCUAAUGAAAAUCACAAAACUCUUACACGAAAUAGGUAUUGUACUGCAUUAUGAAGACCCCUGCAGCAAUCUUGGGGACAUGUACUUCAUUAAUCCAUCCUGGCUCUGUCAGCUUAUAGUCAGGAUGAUCAGCGACAAAUGUGAGAACAGCCAUGGUAUUCUGCAUUGCAAAGACCUCGAAUGUCUCCUCUCCAAUAACAGCUUAUACGUGAAUUUAACACGGCUUAUUCAUCGAUUCCAAGUAGCUUGUUCAAUUAGCGAGCAUCGAUUUCUUAUCUUCUCAAAACUGCCUCAACAGAACCCUGUUGGUUUCUUUGGCUUGCAAGAACCAGGCAGAACCAUUACACGAAUACAUUCUUUUCCCCGUAUAUCACAUGGGUUCUGGACGCGACUUAUAAGCAGAUUCACAGCCUGUUUCAACGAAAUAUUCAGCCUUCUUUCGAAUAGAAAAGAUGAAGAAACUAAGGAUUCCUGGUUGGAUAUUGAACAGGCACCUUUCAAAGGUGAUGUAAAAGUAGAGACUACCAAACAGAAAGACGAGCAACUACAAAAGGAAAACAUUGACAUCUUUGCUCUCAUUGGUAAGAAGAAGCUCAUAUUUUGGCGUCAAGGCAUUCUUUUAAAUCAUCCAGAUCUCUUUCUGUCGGUCGUAGUGCGAAGAGGAGAAAAUGCAAGGGAACUAGUUGAGACAAAAGUGUCCCAUUCAAGCAUUGGUUUUCAAGCUUUUUCGCUUAUGCUAGAACAUAUAUAUUCAGUAGUUACUGAAUGGAAUCGGGACAUGUCAGUUCGCGAGAUGUCUCAAUUAGCUCCAUGUCCUAUCUGCCUUGAUUACGGCAUGAAACCUCCUCAUCUUUUUGAUGUGUAUGAAUGUCUGUCCGUAGAAGAUCACCUUGUGUGCAAAAAUCACGACAGUCCACGUAAUAUCAAGCUAUGUCACAUUUUUCCAGAGCUUCCUUUGAAUGACCUGAGCUACAAUAUAAACACUAUUACAGUGGAAGAAAAUUUGCUUGGUUUUGGAACAUUUGCGAAAGUAUACAGUGGAAAGCAAGGGUGUCGAUCCGUUGCUAUCAAGGUGUACAAAACCGUUAAGGAUAUUCCUAGUCUUGCAUUAGAAGUUCUUUACGAAAUGCGGCGAGAAGCAUGUAUGCUAACAAGGUGCAGAGAGUGUCCAUUCGUUAUACCAUUCUACGGUGGAUUACGCUAUCCCAAUUGCAUGUUGGUGACAGAACUGGCCAACAAAGGCUCCUUAAGGAUGGUGCUAAAAGCCCCGCAGCUUCAAAUUCCGAGAAUAGUUGUCUACCGGAUGGCGCAGCAAAUUAUCUGUGCGCUAGCCUAUCUUCAUUCGCUUGGCAUUAUUCACAGGGAUCUGAAGUCUGAUAACGUUCUUGUUUUCUCCUUGGAAAGUGACAUUCGCGUAAAUGUAAAGUUAGCCGAUUUUGGCUCCGCAAAUCUCGUUUCGCCAGUUGGCCUAAAGUUGCGGAAAGGCACUUCAGGCUUCAUUGCUCCAGAAGUACUUUGUGGUAUGCACGAGUAUGAUGCCAAAGUUGAUGUGUUCUCGUUCGCCAUGGUGCUUUACGAAAUGAUAACCAAACGACGGCCCUUUUACUUGGCCCAAGAUAAUUUCGAAAGAGAUGACGAAGUAAAAGCAGGAAAACGACCCACAAUCAAUGACGUCAUUGCCACACAAUUCAGCUUGCUUACGUUAACAGAACUGAUGACAAAGGCAUGGGCACAAGUGGCAACAAAUCGACCUACCUCACAAGAAAUCAAAUUGCAGCUGAAAUCGCCCGGCUUCUGCCUUUUGUAUGGCAAAAUCCCUCUGAGAGGUAUAGCAAGCUUCUGUUACCUAUAUUUCAUACAAUGCUCCAAAGAUGUUUGGAUCAGCUGUCAAGAUAGCAAGGGUGCAGCUUUAAUUGUUAUUGACCCAUUAACAUCGAGUAUUAAGAAACGGUUUUGUUCUGAAGGAAGCUCUAUUAGCAAAUACCUGAAAAAUGCUAACAUGGUAGUAUCGAUACAUGCAGUUAACGAUGAUUAUAUUGCAAUGCAUACAAGAUGCAAGUUUGAUUCCAUUCUCAUCUAUUCAUUGAAAGAAGAGCGGAAUGUCAGUUGGCAUCAGUUGGAAUACAGGUGGAUAAGUUCAAUGAAAAUGUGUCACAAUCAUGUCUUUAUCGGUUUUAAAGAUGGCAACGUUUUGAAAAUGGGCAAAGCUGAAUUCCUAACAGGAGAACUAAAAGGCAAAGAUCUUGUAACAGUAAACAAGGAAUUUGCGGUGACGGCAAUAAAUACAAGUAUAAGUGAAGAUAACCUGUUUAUUGGCUGCGGCAAGUACCUAUACGUGUACUCUGUGUCUGCAUUGGAACAUUUUAAGCAUAUAAGGGAGCCAAACGACGAGACAAUUUCACAGAUUGGAGUUUCAUUAUGUGACAAUUUGUUGACUGUUUCGUAUUACAAUAGCCCUACCAUUAGUAUAUUCUCAACCAACACUAUUGAAUACAUAGGAGAAAUAAGUACAUGGCAGCAAAUAGGGCGACUGCUGCCUACCAUUGAUUUAUAUGGUCAAAGUAUUACUUGCUUUUGUAUUGUGGACGACACACUAUGGGCUGGUACUGGCAGCGGGUAUAUUUUAAUAUACAGUAUAGAAAGUAGUGGCCAACACUGUUUUAUGACAGCGAUCAGGCCAUACAAAAUGGAAGUGCGAUCCAUCAUUUCAUUUCCUAACACUGGUGGGAACCCCGCACGGCUUGUGGUUACUACAGGUAGAAAGGUGAACCUAACUGCUUUUUGUGACAAAGAUCAGGGCCUGUGUCUUUUGACAGGGGCCCUGCCAGCUGACAAGCCAGAAUCUUCGUUUAAAAGGAAAGAAUCUCAAACAGAAAGGCCUCUAGAUAUGGGCAAAAUUUGGCCAAAUGACAUCAAAAGAUGCCAAGAUAGACACAAUGUUUUAAAAGAUGCUGAAGAUCAUAAUCAAGAAAUUAGGAACAGCAAAGCCAGACAUCAUGCUGCACAGAAAUUCAAUCAAUUCGAAGACAAUUUACUUCUUAUUUGGGAAGCACUUCCAGCUCAUGUAUUAAAAAGAAUUUUAGAAAUAUGA